AUGGGAAGGGCUCCUUGUUGUGCGAAAGUGGGUUUGAAGAAGGGGAGAUGGACCGCAGAGGAGGAUGAAAUUUUGACCAAGUACAUUCAGGCCAACGGAGAAGGUUCCUGGAGGUCAUUGCCCAAAAAUGCAGGAUUGCUGAGGUGUGGGAAGAGUUGCAGAUUAAGAUGGAUUAAUUAUUUGAGAGCUGAUCUCAAAAGAGGUAACAUUUCUGUUGAAGAGGAAAAUAUCAUAAUGAAGUUGCAUGCUUCACUUGGCAACAGGUGGUCGUUGAUUGCAAGUCACUUGCCCGGAAGAACAGACAACGAGAUUAAAAACUAUUGGAACUCUCAUUUGAGCAGGAAAAUUUACAGUUCCCGUGGAACAAGUAACAAAGAGAUCAUCACUCUCCCACCUAAGCGCAAAGGUGGUAGAACAAGCAGGUGGGCCAUGAAGAGGUCCAAAACCUAUGCCCAGAAAAGUACUAAUCUAUUAGAAAGGCCGAAACCUAGUGACACUGAUCACAUCCACAAUAAUACCGAAGCAAUUCCGCUCCCACCCACUCCGACACUAGAGAGCGAGAACUUGUCUAGCACUAUAAUGGAUUUAAUGGUUUUGGACGAGCAUGAAAGGGAAGAACUAGGUGAUGGGCCGAGUACUAGUGCCCAUGAUCACCAAGAAAGUACUAUUCAAGAAGAAAAUGAAGGCACUGUGUUGUUACAGUGCCUCAACGGUGAGAAAAAUGGAAAUUUAACAUUGGGACCGCAUGACGAGGAUAUUAUUAUUAUUAAUGAUGGAGAAGUGUGGAAUUUUAAUGAUAUAUUGGACACGAGUUGCGUGCUAGAAGCAAGUGGGGAAUUGACCUGUAUUAAUGACGAUAAUGAAGUUGUUGAUGUGAUGGGAAAUGAAAGAGGUGACACGUGUAAUGACAAAAUGGGGUCUAGUGAGGAGGAGCGAGAGAGUAGUGGGAACCACAGCACGAAUGGGGAGUUGCAUUCUUGCGCUUCAAUGGCUUCGGGCUUAGAUGAUUGUAACUGGGACUGGGAAAGGGUCAUGCAGACGGAUCAUAAAGAUGAGUCGGUGUUAUGGGAGCACAGUGAAGACUUGUUGAGUUGGCUGUGGGAAGAUCAAGACUGGGAAAAGGAUUUUCAGAACUUUGGAGAGAUUGGUCCUGAGGAACAAAAUGCAUUUGUUUCUUGGUUUCUUUCUGAAGCUGAUGUGUAA